UUCUUUGCUCACUCUUCCGUUUUCACCAAUCCAAAACCCUAACGCUCAAUCAAACAACAAUGGCGACCCUCUCCCACGACGUUAUCCACGAUGUACUAUGCCGUUUAGGGGUCAAAGAUCUUCUACGCUUCAGGUGCGUUUCAAAGCCAUGGUGCUCUUUGAUCGACGACCCUGAUUUCAUCAAGUGUCACCUCUCCCACUCCCUCAAAACCAACACUAAUCUCUCCCUCAUUCUCCGAGACUGCAACCUCGUCUCUGUCGAUUUUGAUUCGCUCAAAACAGUCCAAAGACUCAAACACCCACUCGAUGAAUCGGAUGAAGGCAAUGGCACUGAAAUAUUGGGUUCUUCUUGCAAUGGUUUGCUGGCUUUGUAUAACGUGCAUGAAGAAAUAGGAUUGUGGAAUCCUUCGACGAGAAAAUCCCAGAUGCUGCCCGCCACCAAGAUAGAGUUUCCACCGUGGGCUUUUUGUGUCCAGUUCAUUGUAUAUGGAUUAGGCUAUGAUCCGGUUUCUGACGACUACAAAUUGGUUCGAAUGGUCCAAUUCUUUGGCAAAGAUGAUGACUCUUUCGAUUCUGAAGUUAAAGUUUACAGCUUGAGUACCAACUGUUGGAGAAGGAUUCAAGACUUUCCUUAUUAUCUUAAAUAUAAAAGAUCAUAUGGAGUUCUUGCUAACAAUGCUCUACAUUGGGUGGUUUCUAAAAGGCCUGAAUCUGAUACACAGAGCUUUGUUAUCGCUUUCGAUCUCAGGACUGAAGAAUAUCGUGUGGUUGAAUUGCCGAAUGGUUUGGAUAUGAGCUUUCAUAUGAACUUGAAAUCAAUGGGAGGUUGUCUUUGUUUGAUUGCAAACUAUUGGGAAGUUCAUGUUGUUGAUAUAUGGAUAAUGAAAGAGUAUGGGGUGAAAGAAUCUUGGACUAAGUUGAUAUCAGUGAAGCAUUCCAAGUCUUUUCCAAGUUUUGAGUUUGUGUUACCUUUGGCCUUCUCGAAAAAUGGUGACAAAGUGCUAUUGAACGUUGACGACAAUAAAUUUGUCUGGUAUGACCUGAGAAGCAAAAGGGUUGACAAGGUAAGGAUUGGAGGUCUUCCGAGAUUAUUCGAAGUCGAGAUGUUGGUUGAGAGUCUCGUACCUCUUAAUGGUAAUCGUGCAAUGACCAACAAGAAGCAGCAGAAUGUUAAGAAGAAGAAGAAGCAGAGAAAGAACUCCAAGAGGGAUGAUUUCUUAUCCAAGGGGUUUCACCUGGUGCUGUGAGCUGAGAAAGGAUAU